GCUACCUCUAAAUUUUAUAUUCUCUUCUUCAUCUCGCGCUUGAUUAUUCUCAAAGAGACCAUGGCCAGCUCUAGUGCAACAAUCGAUAUGCCCCCCGCCCCAUCCGAAGAUAGGAUUCUCAUGAAUGAGUAUGAACAGAACCACAAGAAAAUCAGAGCCUGUGUUGCAUGUCGUAAUAUGAAGAUAAAAUGCGUUUCGGUCCCCGGUUCUAAAGAUUGUGAGACCUGCAUAAGAUUUUCCCGUCCUUGUCAAGACCCGGGGCCACCAAAAGCGCGGGUGAAAACUUCCCAGAAGUUCACUGAACUCGAAAAGAAGAUCGACGCCUUAACUAGUGCGCUGGAGGCUGAACGAAGACGAAACCAGCGGUCUCUCAAGCAAGUGAGAGAAGACGCAGGAUGGUCUAGAACUCCCGAUUCGAGCUCUAGGGAUGACGAUGCCCCAGCAUUUAGCGAGCGACAAGAUCGCCAUGCGGAACUCACUGUCGGCGAUGGCAGAGAAGCAAGCAUGGCCAGACGUGAUGUUGUCAGCCAGGGCUUGGUAGACAUCCGUACUGCCUCUCUGUUGUUUGAUCACUGGAACCUUCAUAUGCGGCCAUUGAUGCCUUCUAUCUGCUUCUCGGCUAAGGAUAAUGCAGAUACUAUCCGAGCGACGAAACCUACAUUAUUCCUAAGUAUCAUAACGAUAGCUAGCACGUCGCUCAGACCGUCUCUCGUGAAUCCUCUUCUAGGACAACUCAACAGAAUCCUAGCUCAGGAUGUCUUUAUCCAAGGCGCAAAAUCUCUUGACUUAUUACAGUCUCUAGUCCUCUUCUCACAGUACUACAUACAGCCCCCACACAUUAAGGCAUUUGCACUCCCUCAGCAUGUUUACAGCGCUGUGGUCAUGUCUCACGAUCUUAAUUUAGGCGCUGCACUUAAGCUGGAUAAGAAUAGGGCCAGUGACCAAGAAAGAGACACAUAUAGAACUUUACUAACCGUGUAUUUCGGUGCAUCGUGUUCGGCAACGCUCCUACGUCGACAUCAGCCCUUUAUACUUUCGUCCUCGCACCGAGCUUGUAUAGAAGCUCUAACACAAGGGAGUGCUACACGGAGUGACGAUCGGUGGUUAUGCAGCCUCGUAGCCCUCCAGGAGAUUUUCGAUGAUGUCUCAAAGACGUUAAAUGCGUCGUAUUCAUGCGCGGACGAAUCAUUCGAUGACUUUAGAACGCAGCAUUUACUAGGAAUUUUCCGACAGAGAUUAGCCGACUGGAAACUAUCACCCUCAGGAGACCUAGACCCUCGCCUUAAAAACCACGCAGGUUCAGUUGCUGAUGUCUACAUUCACCAAGUUGCGAUUAGAGAUUAUAUCCGUCAAAUGCGUACUUGGCUUAAGAUCAAGGAUAAUGAAGAUCCAAACCGGCCACCACCAACAUUCACCGCAGCACAUACUGACGCACUCUGUCAUAGCCUAAUAGUAGGCGCUAACGCCUUGGAUAUCUAUCUAUCAUUGGAUGAUGACCUUACACGUUCUCUUCCGAACGUAUUUCUUGUAUGGAAUCUGUGUGUGAUAGUUAGCUUACUGAAGCUGGGACACUUUGCUGAAGAUUUAUCACGUUCACAAACAAAAGGCCCUGGCAAUCAUAAUCCGCCAUCUCCUUUAGAUCUUCUUGAAGCGAUGAUCCAAAGGCUCACUACCUUAACCCUACACGGGUAUUUCCCUCAGUCGCGACCAUUUAUAGACGCAUUUAAGAAGCUCAAGGGAUGGUUCCAACAAAAGAAAACGGUCUGUAUUAACAACAAUGGUAGCUGUGAUGAAGGAAGCACCGAAAUCGUUCACGAUGUGCUUGGAACCCAAACCCCACCGGCCUCCCCGUCACCUCCGCAGUCGCACAUUCAUACGCCUGUCCGACCGCAACCGAAUUAUCAAGGCCACCUGCAAAAUACUCUGGAGAUGCAAGCAGAAUCCAACAACUCGACUUUGAUAACUGAAAUCCAGUCUGCGGGGCAACAAGACAUUAACUGGAACUUAGGUUCUUAUGCUUUCGACAAUGCCAAAGCGUCAACCUAUAACGCUGGUGCUCCAAAUACUCAUUCCGAUAUGACUUAUGACCCUGGGUACUUUAAUACUGGCAUACAUGACACUGCGUUCGGCCUCAGUGAUAUGAAAGACAUUGAUGAUUUUAUGAUGCAGGACGUUGACGGGGGAUUCUGGUCUAUACUGUAGGAAACUCCGAAGAGACUGGACUGUGCGACUUAGCGGGUUAGUGGGGACAAACCGGCAAUCUUCGAACAGUACUGGACUAAGUGGCGAUCCCACUGUACUAUAAUUCUUAGGCUGGCGAGAACUCGUCAACAAUGUAAUUUCUCAUAUGAAUGAGUGGAACUAUAGGAUUAUGCGAAAACUUCGAUGUCUUUUUGUCAGCGUUUGGAUUAUAAAUAGGGGCAAUUGGCAAUGAUGACAGAAGACAAUCGGCCUCAGCCAACCCCGAGAUAUUUAUGGCCUAUGUGUUUGGCUUGGGGGAUUGGUGGAGCACGGGGACGCUAUAUAAAGUCGAGUUAGCUCGGAACACCCGGGUGUGUCUUUAAUCGGUCGCUGUGGGCUCCGGUUGUGGGGUCUCGGCCGGUGCCGUAGAACUCCGAGAUCAACUCA